GAGAAAGCCCUAAACCCUAGUUCUUCGCAAUGGCACUAUCUCCCAAACUAUUGCUCCAGUGGAAGGCGCUCCAAGGCCAUGGCGGCAAUCGAUUGGUAUGUUUCUCGUCUAGAGCGAGAGUCUUCUGCGAGAAUGCGCUCGAUCCAUCGCAAUCGAAGCUCGUGAGCGCCUACAUUGACAAGCUUCUCGUUUGGAACCAGCGUAUGAAUUUAACUUCCGUGACAGACCGUAAGGAAAUGAUGGAAAGGCACAUAAGAGACUCUCUUUCACUUCUUCCAGUGAUUGAAAAGCACUGCUCACUGAGCGAUGGGAAUUUGAAGGUGGUCGACAUAGGCAGUGGUGCUGGUCUUCCAGGAAUCAUUUUUGGUAUUGCAAGACCAAACUGGAAAAUUACGCUGAUAGAAUCCAUUCAGAAAAAGUGUGACUUCUUAGAGGACGCUGUGCUCGCUGUGAGUUUACAAAAUGUUAGCGUCGUUCGUGCAAGGGCAGAGGAAAAAGGACGAGAUGCGGAGUUUCGUGAAACUUUCGAUGUAGCAGUGGCAAGAGCUGUCGCAGAAAUGCGAGUUCUCGCCGAGUUGUGCUUGCCUUUUGUUGCCGCUGGAGGAAUCAUGGUUGCCGCUAAGGGUGCCAAUCCUGAGGAGGAAGUUAAAAGCGCAGAAGAAGCUAUAACGCUUUUGGGAGGAUCAUGUGCAAACAUUAUUGAAGUUGAUUCUGAAAGUCCGUUCGGGACCAGGACUGCAGUUGUGUGCCUGAAAGCUACUCCCACGCCGGAGAAAUACCCAAGGAGACCAGGAGCACCUAGCAAACGACCUUUGGGAUUCAGAAGCAAGAGAACCGAAGCUGGAUAAGAUCAUCUAAGAACUGAUUCUCGAGGGAAGUUCUACCAAUUUUUUUACUGUAAGUCUCUUGUUAUAUCUUGAAAGACACAGGAAGUUGGAUAUCUAAACAACUGAUCAGAAGUGGUAGAAGAGCUUGGCAAUGACUUUGAUGAUGAAAGUAGCACCAUCAAUGGAGAGGCUCGCGAUUCCCCUGGCGAGCUCGAAGUCCCCGGUGCUUCCAACCACAGAUAUGUCCCUCGAAGGCCAGAGAAUCACAAUGAAGUUGGUUUUGCCAUUAAACUCGUUAUGGCUGUCGAUGAUCGAGAAGACAGACAUGGCGUUAAGAGCAUUCCCAGGUUGAAUCUGAGUAUAGAUGUAAAUUCCCUCACCCGGUCUUGGAUGUUUGCAGUGCAAAACCCAGAGAGAUUAUCAUUAAAGACGAUGACCUCCCAAAGUCGAUGCCUGUGAUGUUGUGACCCCGGCCGGCCACCUCUUGGGAGGCGUCACCGGAUGGAUUGGUGGUGUUUUGGAGAGUGUCGCGGAGAGAUGAGGGUCUCUUUGGAGGAGCGGCAGUGAUUUGAGAAGCUGUGAUCAUCAUCACCACAAGAAGAAGAAGAUAGCGGAGCUCCAUGGAUCAGAGACUACUUGGGAAAACAGGCAUCUUUGCAUAAAUAUUUAUUUAAAACUAGGAGGAUAGUUAUUAGUAUGAUCACUAUAUGGACUUCUUGUCAUGCUAUACUGUAGUUAAAAAAAAGAAAGUAAGUUA